AUGUUGGACGAGUGGACCAGUGGACCGGCAGAGCUGUCCUGUACUUGGGGUGGGCGAGAGGCGGCUAGGGGCCAAGGGGACAAGGGGACAAGGGGCCAGCACAUCCCGCCGCCCCCCCUGGCCGUGUGUGUAUGUGGCAGCCAAUUUCACACGCCGCCAGGCUGGCAGUUGAGUUUGGAGGCGCGCGCUCACGACGAUCAGCGUCCCCUCAAGCUUUUGCUGACACGGCCGACAAGCACUAGCCCUGUCAGCAGCGCCCGCUCGACGUGGUGUGCGCAACCUCUCCCAGUGCCCGUGGUGCAGCUGCUGUGA